CCGGCCAGUCGUGCAAUCGCGGCGACAUCGGUCGCACAUUUUUCCGCGAUGAUGACCAAACACUUUCUUUUUUCAUAUAUAUUAAAAAAACAUUUUUUUUAACACUCAAAAUCAUUAAAUAUGCACUCCCCAAAACGUCGAUAAAUACCUUAGAAAGCAGUAAACUAGGUCAACCAAAAAAAAAAAAAAAAAACCAAAAGAAUAUUUUGCAAAAAAAGUUCUUUUUCUUUUCAUAUUCAUCGUCGAGGAAAAAAAAAAAAAUAAAUCCAGAUCAAUUUAAUGGGGAUAAUAUUUUCACCCGAGGGAAAAAGUUUCAAAUAAAGUCACUUUUCCCGGUUGAAAAUUCAAAGUUAAUGUGUUUAAAAAUGAAGUGAUUAAGUGAUUUAAACAAGAUCAAAAGAUGAACGAUAGGAAAAAAAGUCAACUACAUUUUUAAAAGCGCGGAUUUUUUUUUCAAAUUUCCAUAAAAAUGUAUUUUAUGAAAAAAAUUUAAAUUCCAAAAAAAAAGGGUAAAAAAAAUACAAGAGUUUAAAUUGUCCGGAAUUGUAUACAUAUAUAUAUAUAUAUAUAUAUAUAUAUAUAUGAGUACGAAAUUUCAGUCAAGAGGAUUUCAUUUGAGCGAAAUCAAUUUGAAGAGACUUAAUUUCAUCGAUAUAAACAUAAAAGGAACCGGGACAAAUUCCAGAUGACCUGAUUUAAACAAAAGGGAGAGAAAGAGAGUGAGUCUAAUUGAUACAAACUCAAAAGGACUCCUUGUAAUGAUUAUCAGAUAAAAUACAACAAAAAAAAAAAAAUUAUUUUUCACUCAAAAAAAAUGAUACAUUGAAAAUACAAAAAUAAAUUUCAAAAAGAAGAUUAUUUGUUACAAACAAUUUUUUUUGUCAAUUUCACAGGGGACAAAUUUAUUUUAGAAAAAAAAAUUUAUUAUGGAUUUGAUGAGAGGAGGAAAAAAAAAGAAUGGAUAAGAAAAAAAAUCCCAAGGGGAAUAGUCUCGACAAAAAAAAAAAACAACAGAAGAAUUCCAAUCAUGUAAAAAUUGAGGGGGGUGAAGAAUAUAAAACUUCCAGGGGAAUAAUAAUAAUAGUCGAAGAACAAAAUUGUUAGCUAAAAAAUAAACGAAUUUAAAAAAAAAAUGUUUUUCCAAAAAGUAAAAAAUUUAUCAAGGAAAAACAAUUUGUGCAAGGAUAAAUUUUUGGAGGGAAUUCUCUCUGUAGUCAUAAAUUUGAAAGGAACAAAUACUUCAAGUAUAUAAAUUCCCUGAAAACGAAUAUAUACUUCAAAGUAUAAAUUUUGUGGGAACAAAUAUAUAUAUAUAUAUUCACUGGAAAGUUUAAACUUGGAACAUAAAUACUCUAGGUAUAAAUUUGAAGAGAGGACAAAUUCACAAGUAAUAGAGAUCACCUCAAAUAAAUCUCAGAAAGGAUUAAAAAAAAAUGGUUAAAAAAGAAUGAAGAAAAUUGAUAAGGAUUAAAAAAAAAAUAGAGAGAGGGGAAUGUGAAUGGGAUGAAGGUGAUGAGAUGUGAUCUUGAGUCGAUAGGGGUGUGUAUAGUUGAAAGUAAAAGCCACGAGGGUGACGCGCUGAACAGCGUGCCAAGGGAUCUAUUGAUUUGUUUUUGUUGUAUGAGACCCACUGACCGCGUCGAAUGUGUGUCAGUAAUCCUGGAAAGGGAACAUGAAAUCCUAAUCAUGUUGUUUUCAUCAUUAUUAUUGAAUUAUCGAAUAUUAACAAUAAUGACAAUUUAUGGGAGAUAUGGAUUUCAUUUUGGUAGUGAAACCAUGAGAAAUUCAUCUCAUAUAACAAAUCUCAAAAAUCAAUUGAUUUUUCUAAAUCUUUAUAGGAAUCAUUAUUUUGAUUGUCCUGCGCUACUAAUUGGAAGUAAAUCGCUGAUUUAGAAUUUCCAAUGACCUUCUAUCAAUAGUCGAUUUAUUGACCUGACUUGAUUUAACACAGAUGCUGAAGAGCAUCUCUCACUUGAUUCUCAAGCACUCACUCUGUACCAACUCUCCCGUUAUCAAUUGUCACUCGAAGCACCGGGUGGCUUAUUGUUGAAACCUUUAGAGACAACACGCGUUGUCUGCUAAUGAGCGAGGCGAAAUUAGGAAACUAACAAGGGAGAGCCAGUAUAUGAAAUGAGCAAUGAUGACGAGGGUUUUGAGACACGGGAAAUGGGGCAUGAAUUAGAACUCAUUUGGUAAAGUGUUGCGCCUAAAGAGGGUUACAAGAGGUUCAAGCGGGGUCGAACGAGUAAGAGGAAAAACGUCAACUAAAAAAAAAAGAAUUAAGGAAGAUUCAUCAUUUCUAAUUAACGAUAUCGAAAUCUUUAUUUCAAAUCUAAUUUCCAAGAUAUAAUUCCAAGUUUAUCUAAUUUGACACUAACAUCCGUCCUGUGAUUAACCGGAAGGGUUACCUGAUGUUUAAAAUCAGAUUCAGAGGAAAUUAAGGAUUCAGGCGAAAUUAUAAAUUUCAUUUAACUCGGAUAUAGCUUUUGCAUUUUGUGAAUAUACAAAGUCCAGUCUUAAAAUCUCGGGUAAAAAAGGUUUAUUUCAACGAAUAUUUCCUUCAAUGAGGGGGGAGAGGAAAAUAACAUACUCUCCUCUCUCUCUCACUCACUCUCUCUCUCAUGACCUCGGUUGAGUCUAAAUCGAUAACGCACACUACUAGCUGAAAAGCAUCGUUUUACUGGCAAAGAUUAGCUCCAGGGAAACAAUUCGAUACGCUUGAAAUUCAUCAGCAAUUAUCGUAUCCUGAGGAAAGAGAAUCCCCUGGCAACUGACGCCAGAAAGCAUCCAAGCGGCUCUCUCUAGACCCUUGAAACUUGAGAUUUGAUUUCGAUUCAUUAAAAAUUGCCCGAGCUUAUUUUUUUUUUCCAGGGUGUUACUAAGUAAAUCAAAACUUAGAUAACCAACUCAAUUUUCAUUUAUUAAAUGGAGCGAUGAGAUAAAAAAAAUGGGUCAACAAUUAUUGAAUUAGAUCCCUUUUUUUUAAUUUGCAAAAAUGAUUGUUUUAAAUUUUAUUGUCAUUAAUUUAAUGAUAAUCCAAGUUGUCGACAUGGCUCUGUCGCCAAAAGUGCCUAGCGAAAGGGAAGCUAUCUUGAUUCAGGGUGAUGUGGUACUAGGUGGUUUAUUUCCGGUGCAUGAGAAGGGUGUUUCCGCCUGCGGUCCAAAGAUUUACCAUAGAGGAGUUCAACGUUUAGAGGCAAUGCUCUUUGCGGUUGAUCAAAUUAAUCAUGAGACAAAAAUUUUAUCACAAACUACACUUGGUGUACAUAUAUUAGACACUUGCAGUAGAGACACAUACGCCUUGAAUCAGAGCCUUCACUUUGUGCGUGCCUCAUUAUCAAAUUUGGAUUUGAGUGUUCUUGAAUGUGCUGAUAAAUCAUUGCCAAGGGUGAAAAAAACAGUCAAUACUGGAACAAUAUUUGGUGUUGUUGGUGGUUCAUAUAGUUCGGUUACACUUCAAGUGGCUAAUCUUUUGAGAUUAUUUCAUAUACCACAAAUAUCACCAGCAUCAACAGCAUCGGCAUUAAGUGAUAAGACAAGAUUUGAUUAUUUUGCACGAACAGUACCACCAGAUACUUAUCAAUCAAUAGCACUUGUUGAUGUUGUUAAAAGUGCUAAUUGGUCAUAUGUAUCGACAGUUUAUUCUGAGGGUUCUUAUGGAGAAUAUGGAAUUGAGGUAUUCACAAAGGAGGCAAUCAACAGAAAUGUUUGUAUAGCGGCUGCUGAAAAAGUGCCAAGCACUGCUGAUGAUAUGGUCUUUGAUGGGAUUAUUCAGAAGUUAACCAAGAAGCCUAAUGCAAGAGCUGUGGUAUUAUUCACAAGAGCUGAGGAUGCAAGGAAGAUUUUGGAAGCCGCAAAAAGAGCUAACUUGACCCAGCCUUUUCAAUGGAUUGCAAGCGAUGGUUGGGGUAGGCAAAUGAAGUUAGUCGAGGGUUUAGAGGAAGAAGCCGAAGGUGCUAUCACUGUUGAAUUACAGUCAAAGGAUAUUCCAAAAUUUGAUAAAUAUAUGGCAUCAUUAACGCCUGAAAAUAAUAAAAGAAAUCCUUGGUUUGGAGAAUAUUGGGAGGAGGUUUUUGGUUGUGUUUUAAGGAAAAAUAUUGGUAAAACGAAUAAUAAAAGUGUUCAAGAAUGCGAUCCUGAUUUAAGACUUACGCCCGAAUUGGGCUUUGUUCAAGAAUCAAAGGUGCAAUUUGUUGUGGAUGCUGUUUAUGCAUUUGCUUUGGCUUUACAUAAUCUUCAAAAAGACAUUUGCAAAAGAAGCGUGGGAUUGUGCAAUGAAAUGAUCACUUACGAUAGGGGCCAGUUUUAUAAGAAAUAUCUUCUCAACGUGUCAUUUAUAGACGAUGCGGGAAGUGAGGUAAAAUUCGAUGAGCACGGUGAUGGACUCGCACGCUACGAGAUUCUCAAUUUCAGGAAAAUGAAUCUCAGCAGUAAUAAUGGAUAUCACUAUAAGGUGGUGGGCAAGUGGGUUAGUCUUAAAUCCCUCGACAUUCGAACAGAUGAACUAAUUUGGGCACGUGGUGCAAAAGAUAUGCCAAUAUCAGCGUGCUCAUUACCCUGUGAACCAGGCAUGAUUAAGAAGCAACAGGGUGACACUUGUUGCUGGGUAUGCGACCAAUGUGAAGAAUACGAAUAUGUUUUUGAUGAAAUGACAUGUAAAGAUUGUGGUCCAGGUAGAUGGCCGCAUUCUAAUAAAAAAGGUUGCUAUCAAUUGCCCAUCAAACAUAUCAGAUGGACAAGCGCAUUUGCAAUAGUGCCUGCUGUUAUAUCAUGUUUGGGAAUUAUAACAACACUUGCUGUUGCUGGAUUACUAUUUAAACAUCGUGACACACCAGUUGUUAGAGCAUCCGGAAGAGAAUUGACCCUUAUCCUCUUAGCUGGAGUUCUGGUUUGUUAUCUCAAUACAUUUCUCCUCUUGGCAACACCAACCACAGCCACAUGCAUCCUUCAGAGAUUUGGCGUUGGGGUCAGUUUUAGUGCUGUUUAUGGUGCUCUAUUAACCAAAACUAAUAGGAUUGCAAGGAUUUUCGAUUCAGCAACAAGAUCAGCUGUCAGAUUAAGGUACAUCAGUCCCACAUCGCAAGUAUGCAUCGCCGCUGCUCUCAUUGCAUUUCAGGUGGUGUUGACAUUGGUUUGGAUGAUUGUGGAACCACCGGGCACACGAUACUGGUAUCCUGAUAGAAGAGAAGUGAUUCUCAAAUGUAAUAUUCAGGACAUGAGUUUUCUCUUUUCACAACUUUAUAAUGCAACCUUGAUCCUUGUAUCUACAAUAUACGCGGUAAAAACGAGAAAAAUUCCUGAGAAUUUCAACGAGAGUAAAUUUAUUGGAUUUACAAUGUAUACAACAUGUAUAAUUUGGUUGGCUUUUGUACCAAUAUACUUUGGUACUGGUAAUGCCCACGAGACACAAAUCACAACACUUUGUGUGGCUAUAAGCCUCAGUGCUUCAGUAACUUUAGUCUGCCUCUAUUCUCCUAAAGUUUACAUAAUCAUCUUUCAGCCAGAUAAGAACAUUAGAGGAAAAGUUACCAUGGGAGGCAGUACGUUUAAGAAACAAUACAGUAGCGCUGGAACAUCAUCCGUAUCAAAAUAUACGGGUUGUGAGAUGAUAAAAGAAAAUAUACCUUUACAGACUGCGCUGACUGCUGCAGUGCAAACAUCUGUGGGUGUGACUGAAAUCUCAUUAUCAUCAAACUCCUCUAACAAAUUACUUAAUAAAGAACAAAUAGCUCAACUUUAAAUCUCGCGUGAUAUAUUUUAAAUUAUAUCAAUAUUGAGAAAAAAAAACAGGUGCCGUUCGAUAUUUAUCUCAAUAUCGUUUAAUUGAGAUAUGAAAAAAAAAAAAAUUUAUAAGAUUUGCCAAAACAGUAUUUCGUCAAGAUGUAUAUGUAUAGUGCGUGUUUAAGUGCAAAAAUGAAAAAAAAACUCUGCGACAAAUAAUGAUAAUGUGCGAUUAGUUAUAAUUAUAUUAAAAUGCUAUAAACUAUAAUCGAUCGUGAUUUUUAGUAGCAUUAUAUAUAAAUAAAUAUAUAUGAAUAGAGGCUAAAAAAAUUAUAAAGUCUCUGAGUGUGUGAUGUGUCGUAUAUAAAAUAGUUAUCAAUUGCAUUCAUCGCGAAAUCGGCUCUAAGAUUUAAAAUAUUUAUUAUUAAUUUUUUUUUUUGUAAAAAUUAUCAUUAUUAUUUUUUAAUUAUUUAUUUAUUAUUUUAUUUAUUUUUUUAUUUUAUUUAUUUUCUUUAUUUAUUUUAUUUUUUAUUUUUAUUUUAUUAUUUAUUAUUUAUUUAUUUGUAUUGUGAAUAAUUUUAAUGCACAAAUUUUAAAUCCUUAAUUAUUUUUUUAUCAUUUAUUAAAAUUAAGAUAGGAAAAAAAAUUAUUAUUGAAAAAUUUUUUCGUAUAUAUACAUAUAUAUCGAGGGAGAAAGUAAGAUGCAAUAAUUGCAUACUUUGAAAAGAGUAUACAUUCAGUGAAGUUGAAACUUGAAACAGUUUUGAGGUAGAAAAUCAUCUCUCUUAUAUAUGAGUUUUAUGACUUAGCGCAACUUUAUAGAAGACGUUUCAAAACCGGAACAGAUUAUUGAGAACGUCAAUUUAACUUCUGGGAAGCAAUAAUUAUUCCGGUAAUUAUAAAGAAACAGGCGUGAAUUGCUUAAAAAAAAAAAAAAAAAAAAAAAAAAAAAAAUAUUU